AUGGGAUCCCAAGUGGUUGCUCUCGCUCUUGCGCUAACAAUAUUUUUUGGCUCCGCCGCCGCAGUUCGACCGACCUUAUCGCCGGCCGUGUCUCCGUCGAAGUCCUCCCCCGUAGCGGCGCCCAUGCCGUCGGCGAAGAAAGCCGCCACCCCCAUCCCUAGUGCAGCCCCCAAGGCGUCUCAUGCAGCCCCCAAGGCCUCCGCCCCAGGGCCGCCCGUCGCCUCCCCGCCAGAAGCAUCCGCUUCGGCGGCAGGCUCUCCGGGGGAGGGGCCAUCGGCUGCGCCUGGCCCCGAUGCGGACGGCUCGUCCGCUAUCGAUCUAUCACCUGCUCCGGCGGCCAAUCCCGAUGAAGUUGCGCCAGCUGAUACACCACCCAAGGACGCUGCCUCCUCCCUAAAGCUCUCUGCCGCCGCCGUCGGCGCCACUGCUGCAGUCGGGCUCUUGUUCUUUUAA